AUGGGCAAUUCAGCAGCUACAUCACUGAUUAAAGAACUCCACAAGGAUCUCUCUAAGGGCAUUCAAUACCAAGCAAGUAAUUUGCCAAAGAACAAUAAGCUCUCAAAGUUCUUUGAAAAAUUGGAUAAGGAUAAAGAUAUGGUACUAUCCAAUGAGGAAAUUGCCGAAUUUCUCGAAGAUUUAUUUUACUUUGUGUGGCAAAAGGCAGGAACAAAGAGAAUGGCACCAUGUUUGGUGAGUAAUGGAAAUAUUUCGUAUUAUGUUGCAAUGGAAUUUGUCGUACCACCAACUCAAGAAAAGAGAAACAAAGCUUUGGCCAUGAUGUUCCAAUUUAUGGAUUUGAAUAAUGACCAAAAAAUUGAUAGAAGUGAAUUCAUUGAUGGAUUACAGAACUUGUUGAAAUGUGUUUUGCUUGAACCUGUUUUUGCUGAGUAUCAAGUUGAAGGAAGCAACGAUUCCUCCAACAAGUAUUCAGUCAAUCAAGGUUAUGAAAUAGUUAUGAAUUGUAAUAGAGAUGGUGAUGUCCCAAUACUUGAUGAGGAAAAGAUGUGUUUGUUACAAGAACAUGGAUUCGAAUUUACUCAAAUCACUGAAGAAGAAGCAAAGGAAUACAAGAGAAACCAAGCUGAAGAUAUCAGAAAUGAUUUUUCCAUAGCCAUUGAUUUCUCUCAAAUGAAAGAAUCCAUUUCCAUUAUGGACAAGUCUCAAAUUCCUUUCGAAUUGUGUAAAUUAUUCAGAAGUGUUGAAAAAGCAGCAAACCCAGAACCAAAGGAAGCUAACAAAUACGUUGGGUUUAUGCACGACUCUAAGGCAAAGAAAUGGGUAAUUGUUGAAGAGGAUAGUAUUGGAAGAGACUUGUCAAAUAUUUACCUCCCUGUAAAGAAAGGAGAUGUGUAUAGAUUAUACAAUGACAGAGGGUAUUUCUGGUUAAUUGGACAGGAUAGAUUAUUCACACUCAAAAGAGGAAUAGUUUCAAAAGAUAUUCUGAGAGAAAUAACUCAAGAAGAAGCAGAACAAUUACUGAAGAAAUAA